CCCGUGUUGGGAAUAUCUAAAAAAAAAUAAUUACAAAUAUAAAAAAAACCGGGUAUUUCAUUCCCAGAAAUCCCCCCUUGGAUUUUAACCCUUGCAAUUCGCGGGAUUUUUCACCGCCUCCCCCAGUCCGGAUCCGCUUUUUCUGCCCCAAAAUUCCCGGGUUUUUUUGUGGUUUUUAUCCUGAUUUUUCUCUCUCCUCGCAUCCCGGCCGAGACCCUCCUCCAUUUUUCUUAUUUUUUUCCCGUUUUUAACCCGCAUUUUCCCUUUUUUUGCCGCGAUUUUCAGGGGUUUUCUCCCGUUAUUUUUCCCUUUUUCCUUGUUUUUAUUCCCCCCCUUUUCCCCGAGUUUUUUUCCCGGUUUUUUUUUUCCGUUUUUCCCCCCUUUUUCCCCCCCUUCUUUCCCCAUUUUCCCCCCAUUUCUCCCCGUUUUCCCCCUUUUUAAUUUUUAAAUUUCCUUAAAUUCCAGCGCCCCCCCCCGAUUAAAAAAAAACAACAAAAAAAAUCCACCUUUUUUUAACCCCUUCAUUCCCUGCAUUUUUUUUUUCCAUGGAAACCCCAAAUCCUCCUUUAAACCCUUCCCAAAAUUUGAAAAACCGGGAUUAGGGUGGGAAUUAAGGUGGGAAUUUAGGGGGGGGCCCUUCCCUAAAAUUCCUCAGUUCCCCCAGCCCCGACUCCCCAAAACUCCCUAAAAAUUCCUUUUUAAAUGCCCUAAAAAAAUUCCCCCCCAAAAAAUUUCCCAAACAUGUAAAAACCCCAAAUUUAAUUAUUUUUUUCCCCCCCAGGAUCCCAAAAUCGGAGCCGGAGCUGUUGGAAUUCGAGGGAUUUGGGAUUUUUUUCCCAAAAAAAUUUGGGAUAAACUCGGAAUUCCGUGUCAAGAUGCAGGAGAGCUACGAGAGCGUCAUUUCCUUGGGUAAGACCCCAAAUUUCCUUGGAUUUCUCCUUCAUUCGGGAUCAAAUUCCUUCAUUUUUAACCCAAAAUUGAAAUUAAUUGGGUUUAAUUAAGAAACUCAGAAUUAAAGCCCCAAUUCCGGUGGGAUUUUCUGGGAUUUUAGUGUCCGAGUCAUGUCCGAUUGUUCCCCCAAAAAUGUUUUGGCAAAAUUUGCCCAAAAUUUGUGGAUUUCACCCCAAAACAGAGCUGGGCUGGGAAAAUGAACUCUGGAAAUUCCCAAAAUUCCCAAAGUUCCCGUUUUUUCCCCCGGCAGCCGAGGAAAUCGCCAUCAGUUGGCCGCGGAUCACCGCCUUCGCCGAAUCGCACCGGAGACGCGGCCUGGGCGCCGAUGCCGCCCCGGCCUCGCCGAGCGACAACGAGGAGGAAGAGCCGCCGCCGCACCCUCUGGAAAAAUCCGAAAUCCCGGGAACACCACCGGCGCCGAACCCCAAAUCCCCAUCGAGCCCUGCCAGCGCCAAACCCGGCACCACCGAGGUGCCAAACCCAGAACCCCAAUCCCGAAAAGCGCAGGGAAAACACCAAGGAAAAUCCGGCACCCGCAGCUUCAAGAAAUUCCCGCCGCGAAACCUCCGGUGCCACGACUGCGGCAAAGCUUUGGCGUUGCCGAAAUGCCGGCGCGGUACGGAACGACCCCAUAAAUGCCCGGAAUGUGGGAAGAGUUUCCGGUUGAGCUCCAGCUUGGUCACCCACCAACGACGGCAUUCCGGGGAAAAUCCCUACAAAUGCCCGGAUUGCGGGAAAUCCUUCAGCGUCGGCUCGGCGUUCAUCCAGCACCAGCGGAUCCACGGCGGCACGGCGCCGUGCCGGUGCGGGGUUUGCGGGAAGAGCUUCCCGGCGAGUUCGGGUUUGGUGAAGCACCAGAAGCUUCACCUGGAAGAGAAACCCUACAAAUGCGGCGAUUGCGGCAAAGGGUUCAACUGGAAUUCCCACCUGGAGCGGCACCGGCGGAUUCACACUGGAGAGAAACCCUACGAGUGCCCGGAGUGUGGCAAGAGCUUCUCUUGGAGCUCCCACCUGGAUCGGCAUCGCCGAACCCACGCCACGGCCGAGCCCGCCGGGCGCUGCGCCGAGUGCGGGGCGGGAUCGCCGGAACCGCUGGAACGCGGGAUGCCUAAAACGCCGAAAAGUCCCAAAAUGCCCAAAAACCGGCGGGAGUCGUCGGAGAAACCCCACAAAUGCGCGGAAUGCGGGAAGGGUUUCGGCGUGGCGGCGGCGUUGGCGCAGCACCGGCGUGGCCAUGCUCCCGGCAAACCCUACGAGUGCCGGGAAUGCGGGAAAAGCUUUUCCUGGAGUUCCCACCUGGAUCGGCACCGGCGAAUCCACAUGGGGGAAAAGCCUUUCCGCUGCGGGAAUUGUGGCAAGAGUUUUUCCCAAAGUUCCCACCUGGAGCGGCACCGGAAAAUCCACCGGGAGCCGUGCCGGGAAUGCGGCAAGAACGGCGGGAAAAAAGGUGGGAAAAGCUUCCAAAAACGCUGCCGGAUUUUGGGGGAGCCGUGCGGCGAUUGCAGCGCGGGGUCGGCGCAGGAGGAGGAAUGCGACGAGUGCGGGAAAAAUUUGGGGUCUGGUUUGGCGUCGGGUUUGGGGUCGAAUGCCGGGAAUUUGAAGGAUCAAGGCACGCAGACCGGCGAGAAGCCGUACGCGUGCCCGGAAUGCGGGAAGAGCUUCGCUCAAAAUUCGGCGUUGGCCAAACACCGGCGAAUGCACACGGGGGAGAAACCCUACAAAUGCCCCGAGUGCGGCAAGAGCUUCGGCGUGCGCUCCAACCUCAUCAAGCACCGACGCACGCACCUGGGCGAGAAACCCUACAAAUGUCCCGAGUGCGGCAAAGGCUUCAUCCAGAAAUCCGACCUCACCAAACACCGCCGGAUGCACACCGGCGAGAAACCCUACGAGUGCCGGGAGUGCGGGAAGUGCUUCAGCGUCUCCUCCAACCUCAUCAAGCACCAACGGAUCCACCUGGGCGAGAAACCCUUCCAGUGCUCCGAGUGCGGCAAGAGCUUCAUCCAGCGCUCCGAGCUCACCAUCCACCGGCGCGUGCACACCGGCGAGAAGCCCUACAAGUGCCCGGAGUGCGGCAAGUGCUUCAGCCGCAGCUCGCACCUCAACCGGCACCAGCGCACCCACGGCAAAGCCGGCGCCGCCGCCUCGUCCUCGUCCUUCUCCUCCUCCUCUUCCUCCUUCUCCUCCUCCUCCUCCUCGUCCUCGGUGCCGGCGGCGCCGGCGGCGCCCGGAGGUUUGGCCUUCCCGGCGUUCCCGGGCUCCUCGGCUGUGCCGGCGGCGUUGGAGCUGCCCUGGGCGUUGGCGUUGCCGGGCCGGGCGUUCCCGGGGUUUCCGGUGGGUAAUUAGCGAGGUGGUUAAUUAGGGGCGGGGUUGGUUGGGUCAUUAAGGGGGGAGGUGGGGGAUUGCUGCGGUUCCGCUCAGUUCCCGGCAUUCCCAGUGCUCCCGGUGCCCAACUGGGGUUGGCCAACCCAAGACCCAACGUUGGGUUGGGUCCCAACUCAUUCCCAUUCAAAUUUUCAUGGCUAAUUAAUGAUCUCUAAUGAAUUAGGGGUAAAUUAAUUCAAUAAUUAAGUGGGGAAAUGGGGAAUUCUCAUCAUUCCAUGGUUCCGGUCGCCUCCCAGUGCUCCCAGUGCCCAACUGGGAUUGGCUGACCCCAAGACCCAAACUUGGGUUGGUCCCAUUGAAUUCUGACUGCUAACUAAUGACAUCUAAUUAAUUGGGGGAUGAUUAAUAUGCUAAUUAAUGACCGGAGGGGGAAUUCCCAUUAUUCCCAGUGCUCCCAGUGCCCAACUGGGAUUGGCCAACCCAAGACCCAACGUUGGGUUUGGUCUCCAUUUAUUCCCAUUCAAAUUUGAUGCCAAAUUAAUGAUCUCGAAUUAAUUAGGGUUUAAUUAAUUCAUUAAUUAAGUGGGGAAAUGGGGAAUUCCCAUCAUUCCAUGGUCCCAGUCGCCUCCCAGUGUUCCCAGUGCCCAACUGGGAUUGGUUGACCCCAAAAUCUGACAUUGUUGCUGUCGUUUUCCGGGAAUUCCAUGGGAAUUUUUGGGGAAUUAUUUUCAAAUUUUUUAAAAUAUUUUUUUGACUUUUUGGGGAAUUUAAAAAAAAAAAAUUCGGGAAUGUUUUGGAAACUUUUUUGGGAACUUUUUGGGGGAAUUUUUUUUAUCUUUUCUCAAAUUUUCCUUCCAUGUUUGUGGUGAAUUUUUUGGGAAAUUUUUUUUUCUGGGACGGGGCAGGGAAAAUUCUGGAUUUUCCCGAAGCU